GCUGGGGCCCCCACCGGCUCGGGGGCUACAGUGCGCCGGGGGACCCGACCCACACCCAGCAGCGCUGGCCUCGCCGCCGGCCCCUGCCCCUGGCUCAAUGGAUUUAACAAGUCAACCAUGUUCCUUAAAAGAUGAUACUACUAAUAUGAAAGAUACCAACCAUUCUGGCACGCAGAUAGAUGAGGUUAACAAUCUUAAAGAAGAACUAGAAAAAUCAAAGGAAAGACUUGAAAAAGCUCAAAAAGAAAAAGAUGAGCUCCUUCUUUUGAAACUAAGUGCUGAUGAAGAGAGAAAGAAGGCAGAAGAUGAGCUGAGAAAGCUAAUGGAUUCGGAAGAAGAGCUAUGUAAAGAAAGCAUAAUAAACAAGGAAAAUCAAGAGAGAAAUCUUAAUGUAGUGAAGCAACAAAAUAUUGAGCUGCAAAGAGAGAUUCAGAAGCUCAAAGAUGACCUUGCAGCAAAGAGUUUAAAGCUUUCACAGGAGUUUCGGAUUAAAAGAGUGAUACCUAAAAAGAAAAUGAAGUUUACUGGGAUGGAAAAUGCUGAGAAUGAUGAUGCAUUUUUGAAUACGUGCUGCCUUUUCCACAUAGCUGCAAAAAUUCCAUUCAGAUUGCAGCAAAGACAAGCUCUUCUCGCUUUUGAAGAGGAGGAUGUUGCCCAGAAACUGAUAAGAAGAGGUAAACAUACUGUGAGCCUGGAUGAUGAAAAGAUAGAUUUGAAAGCAAUGCCCAUAACAUUAGAAACGGGAGUCACAUUUGAGCUCCACGUAACAAUUUCGGGAGAGAAGAUCAAUGUUUCUGAAAUACCAGAUGAACCAAUACCUGAUGCCUGGAUAAGAGACAAGUUAGAACUGAAUUUCUACAAAUCCAAACAAGGGGGAGGAGAAGUAAAAAAUGUGAGCUACGACAGAAAGUCUCAUACUGCCAUUAUAACAUUCCUUGGACCCGGAGUUGCUGACAAUUUUGUGAGACGUACAACGUAUCCUUUCUGCAUCAGUGAAAAAUGCUUUAUGCUUACUAUUUCCCCAGUCAUAGAAAAGCACUUGGAAAAAUUUCAGGUAUUUUCUGGGAUUUCCAAGAGGACCAUACUGCUGUCAGGAACCCACAAGGUUGAGGAGGAUGAGGAGAGCAUACAGGAUAUGAUUGAAAUUCACUUUCAGAAGCCUAGCAAUGAUGGUGGGGAAAUUGAGAACAUCAAAUAUGUAGCAACAGGAACCAAACUAGCUUACUUUGAAGAAGAUACGGAGAAUGUGGCAUGAAAUAUUGUGGCUGGAGCUUCCACUUAGCCCAGUGUGGCAAAGUUGGAUGGAAGAAUGUUGCACUUUGUCUUUUUAAAUAUAUGUACUUUUUAAUCUUCAGAAUUUACACUUGCAGAGACGAACUGCCUUUCCUUCCCUUUGCAUAAUGAUGAGACUCAAGGGGUAGGUCUACACAGCAUUUAAACACCUGCAGCAGGCUUGGGUCAACUGAUUCAAGCUCACGUGACUUGGGCUGCAAGGCUGUAAAACUGCAGUGUAAAUGUUCAGUCUCAGGUUGGAGCCCUGUGACUCUGCAGGGUGGGAUGGCCCCAAUGACUGAAAAGCUUCACUGCAAUUUUACAAUCCUGCAGCCUGAGGCAGUUGACCCAGCCUAGCCUCAAGUGCUUAACGUCUGUGUAGACAUACUUUUAUGGUAUCAAGCACAGUGAUAUGAAACUCUUUUGUUCUGGCUUGUAGAGGUUCCUUGUAAAAUUCAACAAAUUUCACAAAACAAAGAUCUGGGUGCAAAAAAGCUCAUCUGAAAUCUUAGUUUGCCUAACUGUGGGUCUGCCAAAUCCCUAAUCCCACAGCAACACCUGAAACUUGAUGAAAGUUGCUUCUCGCAAAUCAGAUCUGAGUUUCAGAUUGAUAAUAAACUCCAAAACUU